AUGCGGCGGCUCGAGUCGGGGUUGGAGUGGUUCAAGGAAAUGAAGAGGAGGGGGUUGAAGCCCAACGUGGUGAGCUUUAAUUCCUUGAUCUCGGGGCUUUUUAGGGAGGGGGAAACUGAUAAGGGGGUCGCGGUCGCUCGUGAAAUGCUCGACAUUGGUUGCACGUUCUCGGCGGCGACUUGCGAGAUUUUGAUCAAUGGGCUCUGUGGAGAAGGGAGGGCUUUAGAGAUGUGCGAGAUUUUGAUGGGUUUCUUAGCGGAGGGAGCGGUGCCCGACGGGUUCGAUUGCUUUGUGCUGGUAGAAUCUUUAUGCAACGACGGGAAUGAGGACAGAGCUAUCAAGCUUGUCGAUUCGUUGUGGGAGAAUGGGAAAUCGGUAAAUGUCGUGACUUGUAGCUCAUUAAUGGAGAGCUUGAGGAAAUGUGGGAAGAUAGAUGAAGCUAUCGGGUUUAUGGAGAGAGUGAUGGAGAAGGGGAUGGUUUUGGAUAGGAUUAGUUGCAAUUGUUUGUUUGAAGAUCUCUGCGACUCUGGGAGGGCAAUGGAGGCGAAUAGGUUGAGGGUUUUGUGGGGGAAGAAAGGUUUUGAUGUGGAUGGGACGACGUUCGGGAUAUUGGUUCGUGGGUUUUCAAGGGAGGGGAGGGUAAGGGAAGGGGAGAAGGUUGUGGAUGAGAUGUUGGAUGGAGGUUUCAUACCGAACAUUGCGACUUAUAAUAAGUUGAGGGACGGAUUGAAACGUCAAAGCAAUCGUGUUCUCAGAUCUAAAGGUGUGUCUGUCCAGGAGUAA